UCGGCGUGACGAGCGGCGGGUGAAACCGGUGCCGAACCGGAGCCGCCUGCCCCAGCGCGAUGGAGACGCCGGCUGCGGCCCGCAGCCCCGCCGAGGGCGCCUCGACGGCGGCCGUGGCCGAGGUGCGCUGCCCGGGCCCCGCGCCGCUGCGCCUGCUCGAGUGGAGGGUGGCCGCGGGCGCAGCCGUGCGCAUCGGCUCGGUGCUGGCCGUGUGCGAGGCCGCCGCCUCCGCGCCGCCCGCCGGGCUCGCCCCGGUCCGCGCCGCCUCCGGGGGCUGCGUGCGCGCCGCCCGGGCCGAGCGGAGGCUGCGGUCGGAGCGUGCCGGCGUGGUACGGGAGCUGUGCGUGCAUCCGGGCCAGCUGGUGGCACCCGGAACAGUUCUGGUGAGACUAGAAGGAUGCAGCCACCCCGUUGUCAUGAAAGGCUUGUGUGCUGAGUGCGGCCAGGACCUGACCCAGCUGCAGAGUAAGAAUGGACAGCAGCAAGUGCCGCUGUCCACCGCGACUGUGUCCAUGGUGCACAGCGUGCCAGAGCUGAUGGUGAGCUCCGAGCAAGCUGAGCAGCUAGGACGAGAAGACCAGCAGCGACUGCAUCGGGACAGAAAGCUGGUGCUUAUGGUCGACCUGGACCAGACGUUGAUUCACACGACAGAGCAGCACUGCCCGCAGAUGUCCAACAAGGGCAUCUUCCACUUCCAGCUGGGCCGGGGCGAGCCCAUGCUGCACACCCGCUUGCGUCCUCACUGUAAGGACUUCUUGGAGAAGAUCGCCAAAUUGUACGAGCUGCACGUCUUCACUUUUGGCAGCCGGCUGUACGCGCACACCAUUGCAGGCUUCUUAGACCCUGAGAAGAAGCUUUUUUCUCAUCGAAUACUAUCAAGGGACGAGUGUAUUGACCCGUUUUCUAAAACAGGAAACCUUAGAAAUCUCUUUCCUUGUGGAGACUCAAUGGUUUGCAUAAUUGAUGACCGAGAAGAUGUCUGGAAGUUUGCCCCUAACCUGAUAACCGUGAAGAAGUAUGUGUACUUCCAGGGCACAGGUGAUGUGAAUGCUCCCCCUGGGUCCCGGGAAUCUCAGAUGAGAAGGAGAGUAAACCAUUCUCCCAAAGGUGCUGAAGUCUCACAACAAGCCCUGCCUGUUAAAGACCCUGAGGAAGGGAGACAUGUUCCUGGCCUGGAGCAGAGUAACGGCCUUGGGAAACCUGUGCGGGAACUGAACGGAGGCGAGGCUGUGCCGGUGGCUCCUCCCCAGUGGGACUUGCUCCGCCCUGGUGAGGCCACCGAGACAGAUGUCUGGUCCCCCACACAGGGCCCCCCUGCCAACUGCCCUGGCAGCCAUGAGCCAGCAGAAGCCCCUGAUACCCCAGAGUCUUGUGGACAGGGUGGCCGGAUGCCUCGGGGCACCCUGCACACAGACUUGGAUUUCGACUUGUCCAGUGACAGCGAGAGCAACAGCGAGUCAGAGGGUCGCAAGCCCUCCUUCCCCACGGCCUCGGACAGGGAACAUGAGGGGAAGAGGGGCCAGAAAAAGCCCAAGGCCACCCAGGACGGAGGGAGAACACUGCUGCAGGGAGGCCCUGCUGACAUGGGUAGUGGGAAACCCACAGGGGCCAGUCAGGACACGGGGCCUGACCCGGACAUGCCAGAGGAGGGCGGGCGGGACAGCCCCUGCAGCUUGGGCCACGGCUGCACCGACAGGAAGGAGGCCGAGACGGAGUCGCAGAACAGCGAGCAGUCGGGCAUCACCGCAGGCGAGUCCCUGGACCAGAGCGUGGAGGAGGAAGAGGUGGAGGAGGACACGGAUGACGAUGACCACCUGAUCCACCUUGAGGAGAUCCUCGUGCGCGUGCAUACCGACUACUACGCGAAAUACGACAGAUACCUCAGCAAGGAGGUCGAGGAGGCUCCAGACAUACGGAAAAUCGUGCCGGAACUCAAGAGCAAAGUGUUGGCGGACGUUGCCAUCAUAUUCAGUGGGCUGCACCCAACAAACUUCCCCAUAGAGAAGACCCGGGAGCAUUAUCAUGCCUCGGCCCUUGGGGCAAAGAUCCUCACGCAGCUGGUGCUGGACCCAGAUGCCUCCGACAAGGCCACCCACCUGAUCGCCGCACGGGCAGGCACGGAGAAGGUGCGCCAGGCACUGGAGUGCGGGCACCUGCACGUGGUGAACCCCGACUGGCUGUGGAGCUGCCUGGAGCGCUGGGACAGGGUGGAGGAGCAGCUUUUCCCACUCAAGGACGACUGCGCCAAAAUGCAGAGGGAAAACAGCCCGGCAGCCUUUCCCGAGAGGCAGGGUGUGCCUCCCCCUGCCCUGUUCCACCCGACGCCCAUGCACCCCAAGGCCCAGCCUGGCCCUGAGGUUCGGAUCUACGACUCCAACACGGGGAAACUCAUCAGGACGGGUGCCCAGGGCCCUGGCCCAGCACCCCCUGGCUCCCUGCCUGUCCACGGGGAGCCCUCCUCCUUCAGAGCUGUUCAGCCACAUCAGCAGCAGAUGUUUGAAGAGUUGCCCGACUCCCACGAUGGAGAGCAGCCUGGCCCUUCUAGAAGAAAGCGACAGCCCAGUAUGUCAGAGACAAUGCCGCUGUACACUCUUUGUAAGGAGGACUUAGAGAGUAUGGACAAAGAGGUUGACGACAUUCUAGGAGAAGGCAGCGAUGACAGCGACAGUGAGAAGAAGAAGCUGGAGGAGCCAGAGGAGGAGCCGGAGGGGACCCCUCUGCCCAGGAAGCCGCAGGUCCCGGGGGCCCAGAGGGAGCAGACCAUGGAGUCAUCGUCACACAGUGAGAGGAGCGCAGGGGCUGGCCGUGGGUCCAGGGGCCACAAGAGAAAGCUGCAUGAGGAGGAUGCGGCCAGUGAGUCCAGCAAGGAAUCCAGCAACGAGGACGGGGAGGGCAGCAGCUCCGAGGCAGACGAGAUGGCAGCCGCGCUGGAGGCCGAGCUCAGCGGCUUCAUGUGACCCAGCUGCGCCAUGGGUCCUGGAAAGACCUGAGUACUUUGCAGAGCUCCACAUACAGAAACACAUUAUUUUGCAGAAAUAGGUGUUUUUAAGAAGUUUUACUACAAGAAAGUCUACUUUUUUAAUUGACAGAGUGUUAAAGGGGUCUUUGGGCUGGUUGUGGUUUGUUGUCAUGGGGGGAGGGGGGACAGGGUUUUUCCCUUUAAGUACCUAGCAUAUUGUUCAGGGUGAGGACUGUGGGGAUCCGACAGGACGUAGAGAUCAGGCAGUAAGAGCCUGGAGGUCUUGUCAUGCUGUGUCACAGCUGAGGCCAUCAGAGCCUUAAAGGAUUUUUAAACGGAGCAGAACAGUGCAUGUGCUGAGAGCACAGCGACCAGCAGAGACCUCUGGCCCCCGCUGGGCCCAUCAUGACCUGCAGGUUCCGCUCCUCCCACCAUGGGCGGCUCGAUGUGAGGGGCGUCGCUUUUCUUGGUGGCCUUUACUUCUUUGAGAGAUCUGAUGUAAAUUUUUUGUAUAUCUGUUUCAUAUUUGACCCACCAAACAGAUUUUUCUUUCAUUUAAUAAAAGUCCUUUUGUAA